AGUUGUCUCAUUGCACAGUCAAGUCAUUUCCUUAUUACACUGCAUCACAGUAGUUAUGGUUUCAAGUGUCUUAUCCAGUCUUGUGUGUGUUGUGUGUGUGAUCUUGCUCCCGGCUGUAUGUGCUGAUUACUGUAGCAGCUACUGGGACACUGAUGGUUUCUACCAUGAUACUCAGCAAUGUGUCACUCAGGACUUCUGCUGUGGAAGCUGCGAAAAAAAGCACUGCUGCAGUUUAAAGAAAUACAGUCUAAAACAAGAAGGCUGUGCUGGAAGUCCUAGCGAUAAGAAAAAACACUACAUUGCUAUGCUUCUGGGAAGCAUCUUAGGGACUAUUUUCCCCAUUAUCCUCUGUGUGGGUCUCAUCGUCUGCUGUGUGGCUCCUUGCUGCUUGUUCUACAAGAAGUGUCGCAAAGGACGCAACCAUAGGAACCAAACUGUGCUAUACACCACCGCUGUAGACAACGCACCCCAGCAGCCACUCUUCCCCUCCGGAUAUCAGCCUUCCUACCCAGGCUACCAGCCUGUACAUGUCCUGCCUGGAUAUGGAGGCCCGGCCGUCCCUUCAGCACCACCACCCUCAUACUUGGAAGCUACCGAUCCAGCUUACUCUCCAGUUGCAUUCACUCCAGGGCUCCCGAUGUAUCCCUUCCCCGACCAGCCUUAUGAACCGCAACCACAUCCAGACAAACUUGCACAGCUGCCCUACAACCCCUCUUAUUGCCCAAACCCCUAAACCUGAUAGCUAACUAGACCAAAACACAGCAAGUUUUAAAACCCUGGUUGCACCACUAUUCUCAUGGGAAAUGUGUGGAUUACAGUGGAAACCCCCUUUGUAGGAAUGAAAUAUAUCUUUGGAAAUCUACAUUUAUGCUAAUGUGUCCCUCAUUUGAACUAGCCUACGAAAAGUGAUUUCUAUAUCUUGCUGCUGCGUUUUAUGGGUAAACCUUUAUGAAUCAGUUAUGGCCAUUUGUUUAGCAGUAUCCAAUUUUGAUUUCUGACCACUUUUUAAUGUAAGUGUUGUAAAAUGCUGAAUUUCAGGCGAUAAAUACAAGUGCCAAACACACUUUUCAAGUUAGUAGAGAGAGAAAAUAUAUAUAUGAUAAAAAACUACAAACACAUUAAGCAUGGAGACAACAGUAAAGGCGAUGUUUAUUCUGCAAAUAAUUGUUCUGUAUUUAUUAACAAUUCACAUUCACAUUCUCUCAACAAAUACUACUUGAAUUGUUGCGCUCAGUCUUGGUUUAUUCUUGAACAACUGAGGAGUUUUGGGAUUUCCCUCCUAUAAGAGACCUGUGGUGCCAACGGUUGAAAUUAAGAUGCAACACUGUUAAAAAUGCUUCUUUUUUAAAAUAAACUCCAACUGCCACUAGA